AUGUGGUUAUCUGAAUCUCAAAAAUUCGGAGUUGCCUUUACAUUUGGAGGGUUCCUAUUCUUCCUCUUCGGUAUUUUGACAUUCUUUGACCGUGCACUACUUGCCCUAGGUAAUGUCCUGUUCCUUACAGGUGUACUGCUGAUCAUUGGUCCCCAGAAGACCUACAAUUUCUUUACAAGACCUGCUAAAAGACGCGGAUGUAUCUUUUUUGUGUUUGGUAUUCUUUUAAUUCUUAUGAAAUGGACAUUCACUGGAUUUAUUAUUGAGUCCCUAGGGAUUGCGGGCCUAUUUGGAGAUUUCUUUGGUGCUAUCAUCCAAUUCCUAAGGUCAAUGCCCUUGAUCGGCCCCAUACUGUCACACCCAGCUGUGGCACCAAUUGUGGAUAAAAUUGCUGGGGUAAAUGUAUUACCAGUAUAA